UCGCCUUGACUGAACUUCACAUGUUGGGUUUUAGGAGGCCACCUGUCCCCAGGUGAGUCCGACUCGUUCUGCUCUUUCUGCGCGCUGAUUGGACAAACCGGCACGUGCGUGACUGCGGGAGGUGACACCUGUUGCUGCGCGUGGGAGGAAAUCUGCAGCUUUGCUCGCACUGAACUCACAUCACAGGCAGAGAUUCACCCUCUCACCAAACUUUCCUCUCCUCCUGCAGCUUUAGGACCAGAACCCGGACCUGGACCCGGUUCUGGUUCGGCACGGAGGAUUUUUCCCCGCCUCGCUUCCCGUCCCUGGAGAGUCCGGCGCGCUUUACGCACCGCGGCGCGGAGGAGACGCGGCGGCGCGUUCAGGUCUGGAUCCGCUCGGUUAAUCGGUGAAGCUCCGAUCCCGACGUUUGUCUUCAGUUUCACCUGUUUUAGGAAAAACCGAAGAUCAUCCAGCAGAAAUCAGCUGUCAGAAAAAUUAAAGAUUAAUUAUUCAGAUUCCCUGCAAAGCCUGAACGUUCAGUUUUAACGUUUAUUUAUGAUUUUAUUGAUGUUUUAUGACAUUAUUGUGUAAAUUCCGUGUUUUAAAAGCAGUAAAAUGUUAAGCAGUGACGCAGGUUUGGUGACUUUAGUUUCUCUCCUGAUUUAAAACCCUCCAGUAUAACAGCAGCUGCUGUGAGGACGGACGCUGCGUGACUCCAGUCAGGCUGUGGGCCAACAGGCGGCAGCAGCUCUGAGGAGGGAAGGAAGAAAUUAGGAACCAGCAGCAGCCAAACUGCAGGAUUUUCCCAGAAAAUAUCAGAACGUUCUGGAUUUGUGAGCUUUAACUGAGUUGGCGGUUCAGAACCUGAGCGACCUGCGUGGAGGACUUUGGUUUUUCUUUUCUGAGUCUGCAUGUCGAAGCUCUGAAUGGCUCAACCUGAAGAGCAACACAGCAUCAUACUGCCAUCGCCGGGUCUCCUGCUGCACAGACUCACUUAAACGACAUCGUUGGUGUUUCCAUGGAAACGCUGGCCUCUAUGUGGGAACAUGAUCUUGACCCCACCGACCUCUGUGACCUCGAUGAGAGCAGAAACAUGCUGCCGUCUUUGUGGGAUUCCAAGUGGGCUUUCACUCCCCCUGCUGGCCUGAUGUGGACACAGCAGCUCUCGCCUCACCUCCAGAGGAACAAACAGCUGCAGGAUGCGCUGCAGCAGAGGGAGGAGGAGCUGGCCAGGCUGCAGGAGGAGAACCGCAAACUCAGACGAUUCCUCAGUUCCUCUUUCAUGACGAACCUGCAGGAAAAAGCCAAGAAACUGACAGCAGACAGGAGGAAUCUGAAGAGAAACCAGAGCAGCUUCGAUCAUGAACCCUCCCAGGUCAGAGGUCGUCCGUUCUCCAAGCAGAUCACCAAGAGAGUCUGCCGAAACCUGACUGCUGAGUUCUGCUCUGAGUCCUCUGCCGGGUCAGCCUCCCCAGAACCAAGCCUGAAUCUCUGGGUGCUGCGAAUGUUGGGCCUGAAGGACCAGAACACCAUCGAUACGUCCAGCGAAUCAGAGUCCAGCUUAAGGGAUCUGGUGUACUGCGAUGCCUUCGGUUCCCCGGUGUCCACCCCCUCCUCUGUCCACAGCUACUGCCAAACCACCGCAGGGGAGACGGACCACCCGUCCUCUGAAGGCGCCUUUCCUGCCAGGCCAGCACCAACCUGCUCCGGACCUGUCGGCGCCUUGCCUCGCUCUGCGCUGACAGAGAUCUGCUCCACCAGAGGCGUCCAGCCGCUGGAGUCCAGCUGGAUCCCAACCGAGCAACUCUGCUUCACCUCCAGGUCGUCUUCCGGUUCUGUCCUGAACAAAUCUCAGGCGCCCUCUAGUGGCUGCAGCGCUACGUCAUCGCAGUCGCUUCACAAACCGACAGAUUUGGCUUUCAGCAUGUCCCUCAGUCCGUCCAGCAGCGUGAAGACACACAGCUUCCCCCAGGGACAGGCCUUCAUCAGGAAGGACACGGGGGGCCGGUGGAACUUCACAUGGGUUCCCCGACAGGAACCAUAGCUGGCCCGAAGGAACGGUAACGGACCCGAAGGAACCGCAACCGACCCGAAGGAACCGUAUCCGACCCGAA